CCCCCUAGCCGCCACAACAUUUCUCCCUCUCCUCCUUCUAGCCAACGCACGCAUCCUCCCUGCCUUCUUCCUCCUUGCUUCACGGCAGCAAGCAUGGAGCUUGGCUCCUCUCCCCACGGCCGAGCCUCUGGUCCUCCCUCCACGGCGCCCUCUCUUCCAGCCGGCUCCCCCUUCCUCCUUUCCCCUUCUUCCCUAGGGCCGCCGAGCUCCUCCCAUGGCGUCCCCUGCCCUUCUUCCUCCCAUGGCGUCCCCUGCCCUUCUUCCUCCCAUGGCCGAGCUACUACACAAAGCAGCGGUAGCAGCUUCCAUGGAUGGCGCCUAGAUUUUCGAGCUCCCUCCCAUGGCGCCCUUCCCCUGCUGUCUUUUCCAGGGACGACGCCCUUCCUCCUAUCCUCUGCGCAGGGCACCCCUAUUUCCCUGCUCCAUGGCUGCCCAGCAGCGACGCUCUUCUCCCCCUCGGCUCCAGCUUCCUCGACGCCCCCUGCUCAUUCUCCCUCGCGCAGCAGCAGCAGGGCGCCCCUCUUCCCCAGCACGCCGAAGCACCCCCUGCUGUCCCCUAUGCCCUGCAUUUUUCCCCCAUGGAAAGCAGCAGGAUCAAUGCCGCCCAGGCCCCUGCUCCUCCCCUCUUCCCCACAAAACAGCAGCCGCAGCGAGCCCGCCGUCGUCCAUGGCGAGCAGCCUCCCCCCCCCGACGCGCAGGAGCUCUUUUCCCUCCUAGGGACAGCGCCCCUAAUUCACUCUCCCGGCAGCGCAGCAGCCCUCCCGUUCGUUCUCCACUCCCCUCGUCGCGUGUCAUCACUCUCGUGCUCGCUGCGUAGCCCCAUCCGCGACGCCGUCGAAACUCGUGCUAGUGGUCGAUGUUGCGCUUCGCGCCUUGCCCAUUCGACGAAAUGCCGAGCCAUGUGGACAGUCCAUGCGGCUAAGUCCCGACUCGUUCAGGUUGAAUCCAUGUGAUUGACUUAUUUGCACAUUUGUCAUUGUCAUGUAUAUAGAUGUAUGUGAAUAUGUUGUAUGUGAAUUAAAAUUCAUGGAGGAGAAAGUGGUACGCGUAGAUGUGUUUGCGAUUGGAAUGCCAACAAGUGUUUGUGUGCCUGCAAUGGUCCAUUUGUGUGUUGUAUGGAUUGGUCGCGGAUGUAUUAAUUGUUGGUUAAAACACUUCGUCGUAAA